GGCAUAGCCACAGACACUGUCAAAAGAAAUCAUCCUGACUCCAGGAGGAGGUUACUGUGUGAGCUUGAAGAUAAGACAUUCGAUACGUCCACAUCUGCACACAGUGACCAUAAUCCCUGCACCGCCUGGACAUCAUGAUGGAUGAGGAGAUCAUUGAGGACCGGGCCAAGCUGAAGCAGGGCCUGGUCAAAGUGCUCCAGUGUGUGGCCACCAUCUCCUCAGCAGCAGCUGUGGUCAACCCCAUUUUUGGCGUGGCCGGUUCCCUGAUCCGGGUGGUGCUGCACCAGAUUGAUGACGAGGACAUCCGCACCCUGAAGCGCGAGUUCGGCUCAGUCAACCGGGCGCUGGACGAGCUCUCUCAGCUGAAUCGCAACACGCUGGUACAGAUCAAGAAAGAAACGCUGGAUGGGCAGUACUGUCGCGUGGAGGAGAACCUGAAGAACCAGUUCAGAAAGUUCAUGGAGAUGGUGGAGGCACGGCCGGAGCACCGCGAGCGUAAGAAGGACGACUUCGAGGAGAGCUAUUCCAAUGACUUGGGAGACCAGAACCUGCACACGCUCUAUGACGGCGUGGUGGGCAAACCCAAGCUCUUCAGCAGACCCAUCCUGGAGGUCUACCUGAAGCACUCGCAAGGCGACCGCCGCACCAUGGAGCGACUCUGCACCCGCCUCACCUACCUGUUCUGCAUCGGCCUCAUCGCACUCAUGGGCUACGCCGCCGUCAUCGGAGAUGACGAGGAGGGUCUGAGCGAGGAGUGGGCCGAGAAGAUGGAACAUGUGCAAGAGAAGAUGCAGGAGGCUCUUUCCAGGUGCAAAUGAAGAAGCAGAAGCCUGAAGAGCUUUUUUUCUCCACUGCUGCUUUUCUCUUAUAGUCAGGACACACAUGUCCACAUUCCCUCUUCCUCUUUCCCUUAGCUUCUUCUAUCCUAAUAAGCACUUUGUGAACAUCUACAGUCACUGCAUGAAAGCCCAGUGAUAAUGAGUAACAAUAUGGCUCAUUCUUUUCAAAACUCCAUUUGUCCAAACUUCGGUCACAGAGUCACAGGCGUGUAUGUUCUGUCCAGGAUGAGGUAAAAGACAACUCAAUAAUGUCUCACAAUAUUUUGUAUUGGCUUCACACCCCAAUUGGCUCAAAUUCACAGAUUAAUUUGUUCAAUUACGUGAUGAAUCUGGAUAAGACUGCAGUGGUUUCAAAUAAGACUGAGCACUUUGAGAUAAAUCAGCCGUGGGAUCAUUACAAUUAAUCACAAAUAUACUUUGAAAGCUACAUUUUGAGCAAUGUACUUACAUGUAAUUACAUGCUAUAAAUCAUCUGAUUUAACAUAAAUGUACCCAGCUUCAGUUUGUGAUAUUGCAAUGAACUGUGCCCAUUUUGCACUUUUGGAAAAUAUUCGCCAUUUAUUGUUACACUACAAGUAAAUCAGUUGGUUGCAACGAGCCCCUCGCCUGUGUAAUAUCUCAACGUGCGAGAAAACUGUAUACAGUUCAUCUGGGAGCUUAUGCCAUUGAUGUAAUAACUGCUAUGAGACAGACUUUGUUUGCCAACAGAGGGAGUUAUCAGUUGAGCUAUAACUAUAAUCUAUAAUAUAAAAAAGCAAACCAAAACAAGGAACAAACAUCCCAAAGUUUCUAGAACUAUGAAUGUAACUACAGACAUACAAUAAUCAUUAUCAUACUGCAAUGUGCAAAUUAACAAACUACAUGCCACAUAUAUUGUAUGUUGCUCAUGCAUGGACUUCAUGAUACACUAUGCAUACUUGUUCCUGUCGAGCACUAAAUGUAAUUUUACACUAAUUUCAGGUGCUGCUGUACCGAGUUCUUUAUUUUUGAACAUUUGCAGUUAAUUGAAAACACUAACAGCACACAUAAAAUUUGUUGUAACACUACAUCUGGCAAAACCCUUCACCACAGAAGGAUACACUAAAUAUAAUUUGCCAUUUAUGAGGUCAAAUUAAACACAU